AUGAAGCCCCAAAUGCAGAACAUCAUCAUCAUGGCCUCAGCCAUAGUUGCCAGCACCCAAAUCCCCUUCAAAGACCCCAACGUUCUCAACGCCGCUCGCACAAUCUACAUUUUCAUCAACCUCAUCGUCCUCGCAAUCCUCGCCUACACAAGACUUCGAAUCGCUCAGCAAAAAGACACAACCCUCCUCCCCCCACCACCUCCCUUCAAACCUGACAAGCCGAACAAGCCUCCUACAAUCCAAACCCACGACCUCCACCACUUCACUUCCCUCCUAAAAUCCCAGGUCACCAGCAUGCUCAUGGUCGCUCUCAUGCACCUCUACUUCCGCCUACCGACACCGCUCGUCAUUCAAUCGAUCCUGCCGAUUAAAAAUGCUCUCGAGAGCAAUUUGGUGAAGAUCUAUGUUUUUGGACGGCCGGCGGUGGGGGAGUUGAAGAGGCCGUGGAAGGAUGGUGCUGGGUUUGUGGAGGCGGUGGGGGCGGUGGGGGCGGUGUUCAGGGGUGGGAAGGAGAAGGGUAUAGAGGAGGGUGGGAAGAAGGUGCAGUAG